CAGAGUUGCCACUGCUUGCUAAUCUUCGUAAAGGAAUCACUUGGCAAGAUUUCCUUCACGACAGAUCUGUGGUCAGAUCCAGAUCUCGCACCUUUCAUGGCAGUCACAGCGCAUUGGAUACAAGCUCUAAUGGUAGAAACGUCUGCCGGUCCGAAGCACGUUCUGAAGCUACGUGCUGAUCUCAUAGGUUUCCAUUGUGUUCCUGGACGGCAUACAGGCCAGCACCUUUCACAGGCAUUUCUUUUUCUCCUCGAUCGUUUGAAGAUUACGUACAAGGUGCGUCUGAUGCUUGAUAAUCAUAUCGAGUUUGAACAGAUCUAUGUACAGAUUGGGUGGAUCACUAUGGACAAUGCAUCGAAUAAUGACACUUUUAUCGCAGCGUUAGAACAAGAGCUCACUCGGCGGCAGAUUGCCUUUGAUGCUAUUAAACGUCGCAUUCGGUAA